GCAUAUCGAUCUUCGAUCGAGCGUUUCUCUCGGCCGUUUCGGAGGAGAGAAGCGUUCGCGGCUCUCGCCGGAAUUCUCCCGGUUUUCCUUCUCUCUCUUUCUCUCUCUCACUUUGUCUCUGUCCAGCCGCUGAAUCUUUCUCCCGUUGUAACGGGGCGAGCGUUGUAACAAAGUCGUGUGACAUCAAGCUUUUGGCGUUUGAAGGAACGUGAGACACGCACACACGAGCAGGAAGGAUGAACGACAUGGAGGCCUACGGGGAUGGAUACAUGGCACCGGAGGAGGAAUGGGAGAGGGAGGGUCUCUUGGACCCCGCCUGGGAGAAGCAGCAGAAAAAGACAUUCACAGCUUGGUGCAACUCGCAUCUACGUAAAGCAGGCACUGCCAUCGAAUCGAUCGAAGACGAUUUCAGGAAUGGGUUGAAACUGAUGUUGCUGCUUGAGGUGAUCUCAGGCGAGACCCUUCCAAGGCCCGACAGAGGCAAAAUGAGAUUCCACAAGAUCGCCAAUGUGAACAAGGCUCUUGAUUAUAUCGCCAGUAAGGGCGUCAAGCUGGUUUCAAUUGGCGCGGAAGAAAUUGUUGACGGCAAUCUAAAGAUGACUUUGGGAAUGAUAUGGACCAUUAUCUUGAGAUUCGCGAUCCAGGAUAUCUCCGUGGAGGAGAUGACCGCGAAGGAAGGACUGUUGCUUUGGUGCCAACGCAAGACGGCGCCAUACAAGAACGUCAACGUGCAAAACUUCCAUCUAUCCUUCAAGGACGGCCUCGCGUUCUGCGCUCUUAUUCAUCGUCAUCGGCCCGAUUUGAUCGAUUACAACAAACUCAGCAAGGAUAACCCACUGGAGAACUUGAACACUGCCUUCGAUGUCGCUGAAAAGUAUCUCGACAUUCCUCGCAUGUUAGAUCCCGAUGAUUUGAUCAACACUCCUAAGCCGGAUGAGCGAGCUAUCAUGACGUACGUGUCCUGCUACUACCACGCGUUCCAAGGUGCCCAGCAGGUCAAUAUGCGAAAUACGGCAAUGCCUGAUGAGAGGGCCGUGAUGACCUAUGUUUCUUCAUACUACCACUGUUUUAGCGGUGCUCAAAAGGCAGAGACAGCGGCUAACAGAAUCUGUAAGGUACUAAAGGUGAACCAAGAGAACGAGCGUCUCAUGGAGGAAUACGAACGCUUGGCUUCCGAUUUGCUCGAAUGGAUACGACGAACGCUACCGUGGCUCGCGAAUCGGCAGACCGACAAUUCCCUCGCCGGUUGUCAGAAGAAGCUGGAGGAGUACAGGACGUAUCGGCGCAAGCAUAAGCCGCCGCGUGUCGAGCAGAAAGCUAAGCUGGAAACGAAUUUCAAUACCCUUCAGACGAAGCUGAGGCUGAGCAACAGACCGGCGUACAUGCCCACGGAAGGGAAAAUGGUGUCCGACAUAAAUAAAGCGUGGAGAAAUCUGGAGUUGGCCGAGAAGACGUUCGAGGACUGGUUGUUGUCCGAGAUGAUGCGUCUGGAGCGACUGGAACAUCUGGCGCAAAAAUUCAAGCACAAGGCAGACGCUCACGAGGAUUGGACCGCCGGAAAGGAAGAGAUGCUCACGUCCCAGCACUUCCGACAGUGCAAACUAAACGAGCUCAAGGCCCUGAAGAAAAAGCACGAGGCUUUCGAGUCAGACCUCGCUGCUCAUCAGGAUCGCGUAGAGCAGAUCGCGGCUAUCGCUCAAGAACUUAACACCCUUGAGUAUCACGACAGCGCAUCCGUGAAUGCCAGAUGCCAACGCAUUUGCGAUCAGUGGGAUCGCUUGGGUACGCUCACCCAACGUAGACGUCAAGCUCUCGACGAAGCCGAGAAAAUCCUGGAGAAGAUAGACGUCUUACAUCUGGAGUUUGCCAAGCGCGCUGCUCCAUUCAACAAUUGGUUAGAUGGAACCAGAGAAGAUCUAGUGGACAUGUUUAUCGUCCACACGAUGGAAGAGAUCCAAGGUCUGAUGGACGCGCAUGCCGCGUUCAAGGCUACGCUGGGCGAAGCAGAUAAGGAGUACAAUUCAAUUGUGGGAUUGGUGCGCGAAGUCGAAUCCAUAGUCAAGCAAUACCAGAUCCCUGGCGGCCUAGAGAAUCCUUACACCGCUCUCACUGCAAUGGAUCUUACUAAGAAAUGGAGCGACGUCAGACAAUUAGUCCCUCAACGCGAUGGUACCUUGGCCGCGGAACUUCGCAAACAACAAAAUAAUGAAUUGCUCAGACGACAAUUCGCCGAAAAAGCCAAUGUCGUCGGACCAUGGAUAGAACGUCAGUUGGAUGCCGUAACUGCGAUUGGUCUCGGUCUGCAGGGAACUCUCGAAGAUCAGUUACAUCGUCUGAAAGAAUAUGAACAGGCGGUAUAUCAAUACAAGGCUCAUCUUGAGGAAUUGGAGAAGAUCCACCAAGCAGUUCAAGAAGGUAUGAUCUUCGAGAACCGCUACACUCAGUAUACCAUGGAGACGCUGCGUGUCGGUUGGGAACAACUUCUGACCUCGAUCAAUCGCAACGUUAACGAAGUCGAAAAUCAAAUUCUCACCAGAGAUUCGAAGGGCAUUACCCAGGAGCAGUUGAAUGAAUUCCGCAGCAGUUUCAAUCAUUUCGACAAGAACAGGACGGGCAGAUUGGCACCGGACGAGUUUAAAUCUUGUCUUGUGUCUCUGGGAUAUUCUAUCGGCAAGGACAGACAGGGUGACAUCGACUUCCAACGAAUUCUGGCUAUCGUCGAUCCCAACAAUUCAGGCUAUGUGCAAUUUGACGCUUUCCUCGAUUUCAUGACACGCGAGUCCACCGAUACUGACACGGCGGAACAGGUCAUCGACAGUUUCCGCAUUCUCGCUGGUGACAAGCCUUACAUCUUGCCGGAUGAAUUGAGGAGAGAAUUACCACCGGAUCAGGCGGAAUAUUGCAUUCAGCGGAUGCCUCCAUACAAAGGACCGAGCGCAGUGCCUGGAGCAUUGGAUUAUCGCUCCUUCUCGACAGCUCUAUACGGCGAAUCUGAUCUAUAGAUGAACGUAAUAAUACAAAAAUCGAUAUUAUUCGAAAUAAUAUCGAGAAGAGAUGAAAAAAAAACGGAUCGGGAUACUUGUCAAUUGGCAAGUGAACAACGCCUAAAAAAAUUUCUCCUACUAUUUUAGUACUUUAAUGCAUCAACGUAUUUUCAUGUGGCGAUACGUUUUACGAAAAUGGAACUCUAUGUGAGAGAGUACAAUACGUACAAUAAUAUGUUAUUACGCUAAAUACUAAUAAUUGUACGUGCGCAUAUAUACUCGAGGUUAUCGGAACGUUCGGGGUUAGUGAAGAAAGCGGGUGAUGUCAUUUUAACGUAAAGGGAUCUAAGUCUGUCACAAAAUAGGUAUUAACUAAGAAUAUCUUCCACAUGAAUGGAAAUCACAUAUCAAAUAUACGUACAGGGAAAGAAGAUUUACGUAACUUAUAUAAGUCUCUUGACGCGACAAUAAUGAAUAUCAAAUAUAUUUGGAUACCUUUCGUUAAAAGGAUAAGAAACGUAGAUAUAAACACGAAGUUCGAAAUUAAUGUACUCUUCAAGAACGUUUUGCUACAUGCUUACUCUUCUAUUCUCUUACAUAGUCCACACUAAAAUGAGACAAGAAUUGAAUUUUACUCUUUUUUUCUUCUUUUUGGAAGGACGGUAAGUGCCAAUGAUAGAUAAGAUCUUCUACGAUUCCUCUUUUCAAAAGGAAAGGAAUUGCAUCUUGAGCCAUACUUGAGACUUAUGUAAUGAACUAGCAAUUAUGGCAAAAAGGAGAAGCUCACAUAAUUGGAUGAAUGUAUAGUUGGUGAGUGCAUUGAUACUAGAGGCUCUCCGAAUUAUUACUAGAAUAAUACUACUGAAUAUUUAUUCUAAAGUCUUAAUAUCCUACACUUUAUAUAUGAUUAUACAAUGAAAGAGAUAUACAUAUAUUUUUAGACUUGCAAUUUUUGCCAUUGUAGCGUGACAUGAAUUUAGUGUUUUUGGAUUAAAUUUUUCUGAAUUUUUCGAAUCUUAUAUCAUUGUAUCUUCAUUAUACAUAUGUAUUUAUAAUUGUAUUAUGUGUUUGUCGAUAUAAUUUAAACGUAUAAAAAUUGUCAAAUUUUCGUCGCGUAUCGAGUGCACAUUCUAUAAAGCCAUAGAUCAAUGUUCGCACAAACAUAAGAAAUAAGAGAAACCGCUAAGGUAUUAAAAUCCAGAAGAGUAAUAAUAACGAGUCUUUGCGAGUCUUAACGAUAUAUAAAUCGACUUUCUCGCUAAGUAUCCAGAAAACGUACGCUCGAAAUCGAAUAAUGUCCAUAUUUUUUUAAUAAGCGCGGCAUUACGAAUCCUUAAACGACAAGCCGUCGCCUUAUAUACUUUGUAAAUCGUAUAUUAAAGAUAUCGCGAAACGAAUAUGCUAAACGAAGCAAAUUAUUUAUUUAUUUGACUUUAAUAAUUAUUUAUUGUAUCGCUCCGAUAUAUAUGUAUCUAUUUUACGGUAGUGAACGAAACACUUUUCUCAAAGUAUAUUUAUUUUUAUAAAUAUCCGUGCGAAGAGGACGAUAAGGCGCUAAUUGUAAUAUAGAGUCCAUCGUGUAAAUCUCCAAAUCUCCAGCAGCUACCAUUUCUUGUAUCACAUUUUUAAUACGUAGCCUUAUCUAUCAAAAAGUGAAGUCAGAAUCAUCAUUAUUGUUCGAAUCGUUGUGAAAAGUCAAUCUCUCGAUAAAAAUGCUCGUGUGUGAAAUAGCAAUUACUUUUAUCGGCGAAAGUAUACUGUAAGUUUCUUUCUUUUUUUUUCUUCCUCUUCGUUUCGCUUGUUGCGGCUUUAAUGCGCUUUUCAAUGUCUAUCUUAACGCGUUUUUCUUGAGAGUUCACUUAAUUUCUCAUUCCUUUUUAUUUCUUUUCUUUUUUCUCUCGGAGUAUACUAUAUAUUGGGCACACGGAGAGACGAGUAAUAUACGAAAAAUAUACGCCAAAGCAGAAAGUUGACUGCUGGAACAGUAUACAUGUAAAACGCAAAUAGACGAUACACGCACUUUUUCACAUACAUAUACGUACACAUGCGUAAGAGGAAAGCAUACGUAUUAUACGCCAAAAAGAAAAGCGUAUCAUUUGAAAUAUAUACGUCUAUGUGGGUGUAUGUGUGUGUGUGUAUUAUAUAUAUGUAUAUAUAAUACACACACACAUACACACUCACACUCACACAUACAUACAUAUAUUUAAUGCAUCGCGAUAUCAAACGAAUAUUCAAAAGUGAAGUUUGAAUGUUCAAAAAGUUCAUGUCUUCGAAUAUCUUGUUACUGAACAAUUGUCAAAUAUUGUCAUACAAAUACGAAUACAUUCUCAUUUAUAUGUAGCAUACACGUACAAUUGUAAUUAUUAUUUUAUGAAACAAUAUUUAUGAAAUUGCGACAAUUCGACGAAAAUCUCGCUGAAACACGAUUGUCUUGCGCUGCAUUACAUUUAUCAGCUACUACUGCGUACUGUUUUGCCCAUUUCAUCUUCCUAAACUAGAUUAAUAACAAAUAACAUUGUGAAACGCAAAAAUAUCGGGGAAAAUAAAGAAAUCUUUAAAAAAAGUA